AAGGUGAACAGCAACUUGAACAACAGUCACAGCAAGAGGCGUCUGCUGGCAGCUGCGCGCUUUCUUGAGGCGCAGAAUCGUCGUCGCCUGUCGGCAAGUGGUGCCGCAUUCGUCCGUGACUCUGGAGGAGCGGGCCACGCUGGAGCUCGGUUUGCGGAUAUGCACGGAGCUGUCGAUUGCAAGGGCGUUUUUUCUUCCAUGAUCCUGGCGCAGUCCAUAGGCAUAUGGGUUGUUUCGCACGGCUACGAAAGGACAAGGGACGUGGAUCCAUGGAAUCCUGCAGAUGUCCCGUACAGAUUUAUGGGGAAGCACGGAGCCAGAAUGGGUGUCAUCAGCCAGGACUGCGACGACGGACAGUACCGCAUAGACGUAGACUACGGUGGCUCACCUGAGGAAUACACCUGUACCAUGAAAGACUUGCUGUGGUAUGUGACUGUGGGAGGCUGGUACCACUCAACAUACAAGUGCAACCGGGUGAAAAAUGGAUAUCGUCCUUAUCAUUACUGUAUGAACAAGAGGAUAAUAUACAGCGAUGCUAUACCAACACACGAAGGACACCGGCCGCUGUGGCCUGUGUACGGAGAGUAUAAGUAUGUGCCACCACAGCGCUGGCUGCACAGCAUAGAGCACGGAGCCGUGGUGAUGCUUUACCACCCGUGUGCACCGGCGUGGUUUGUGGAGAAGCUACGGAAACUGGUGAGAGACUGCCUGCGAAAGCACAUUAUAACUCCGCACAGACGACUCAGCCUCGAACGACCAUUGGCUUUGGUCGCAUGGGGCUGCAAGCUGCAGAUGAGUCAUGUCAACGCGAGAGAGGUCAUCAAAUUCAUCAAGGAGCACGCCCUGCGGGGACCCGAAGGGCGCUUUCCCAUGGAGGGCCAGUACAGCUACAUGCUGAUCGCCAAAGCCCAUCCGCCCAGUGGAUCCGACAUGAACGACGCUAACCUGUGUCCGGCUCUCCACGAGUAUACACGGUUGCAGACAACUUUUUAGACCCUUUUUCUCACUCGUGUCCUAUCGCUGAACAUUCGUUUAAUUCAACCCAGUGGCACUUGCUUCCCGAAGGAACUGCUCCCUUGGCAUUGGUAUCUUCUCUGGCCAAGAUUCACGAGCUGACAAGGAAUAAAAUAGUUUCCUUCAGUG